AUGUUCAAAGUCAUUAGAAAGAUAAGAAAUUGCAGCAUUGAACUCUUGAAGUGGAGAAAUAACUUCCAAGCUAACUCUAGGACUAGAAUAAAUGAACUAAAGCAGGAACUUGAGAGGAUAAGGAAUUCAGGUUUAGAUAACAGGAAAGGUGAGCUCAAUGAUCUCAAAAAGCAGUUGGCCGAUGCAUAUAAGGAGGAAGAAACCUUUUGGAGCCAAAAGGCUAGAAUCAGUUGGUUGCGGGAGGGAGAUAAAAAUACUAAGUAUUUUCACUCUUAUGUCAAGGGUAGGAGAGUGAGUAAUAGGUUAAACAGAUUACAAAGAGAAGAUGGGUCUUGGACUGCUAAUGAUGAUGAGGUAGUGACUAAACUUUCUGACUAUGUUAAGGAGUUGUUCACAAGCGGAGGGAGGGACGAUAUGUUAGAAAUUUUAGAUGGUAUUCCACACUCAAUUACUCAGGAGAUGAAUGAUAAGCUGACCAAGGAAGUAAUGGAGGAUGAAAUCGAUGAUGCAUUGUUUUCUAUGAAUCCAGAAAAAGCUCCAGGACAAGAUGGAAUGACUCCAAUGUUUUUUCAGAAGUUCUGGAGCUCCAUUAAGAGUGAUAUCAUACUAGCAAUCAAAGCUUUUUUUCACUCAGGUCUCAUGCUCAAAUCUAUUAACCAUACUGUCAUAUCCCUUAUUCCCAAGAUAUUGCAUCCAACCAAUUUGAAAAAUUACAGGCCUAUCAGUCUAUGCAGUGUGAUCUAUAAAAUCAUCUCUAAAAUUCUGGCCAAUAGACUGAAACAAGGGAAAGAUGGCUACAUGGCAAUCAAAUUGGACAUGGCAAAGGCUUAUGAUAGGGUGGAAUGGCACUUUCUGCUGGCUAUGAUGGAACAAAUGGGCUUCUGUUCUAUAUGGAUUAACUGGAUCCAUAGCUGCUUGAAGACAGUAAGUUACUCUUUCAAUUGCAAUGGGGAAGUUAAAGCUAAUAAGAAAGAGGCUGUGGAAAUUAUGAAAGUUUUGAAAAUCUAUGAAAACGCCUCAGGGCAAUUGGUCAAUCCGGACAAAUCUGCAGUUUUCUUUAGCAAAAACAUGGACAGUGAGCAGAAGGAAGAGGUCUGUCAUGCUCUUGGAGGAAUGGUAGAGGCAAAGCAAGGUAAAGAAGUAAUGUUGAAGGCAGUUGCAAUGGCUAUGCCUACGUACGUCAUGUCUUUCUUUAAGCUGCCAAGAAGAUUGUGUAAAGAUAUUUGUGCAUUGAUGGCCAACUUUUGGUGGGGAGAAUCUAAUGGCAGGAACAAAAUGCACUGGAUUUCUUGGGAAAGAAUGGCAUUGAACAAAAGUGCAGGAGGACUAGGCUUCAAGGACCUUGAAGCGUUUAAUCAAGCUUUGUUAGGAAAGCAAGUGUGGAGGUUACUUACUAAACCAAAUCCGUUGGUUAGUAAGGUGUUGAAAGCCAAAUAUUCUCCAAAGGACUCCAUCUUACAAUGCAGCUCCACCAAAAAUGCAUCCUGCAUUUGGCAAGGAUUAAUGGGAGCAAAAAGUUUGGUCAAUGAAGGACUGAUCAGGAGGAUAGGGAAUGGUCGUAGUACAAGCAUCUGGGAACACAAGUGGAUUCCAGAUACAGCCACAGGAAGGCCAACUACAUGUCGAUUGAGCAAUUGUGAGCUGGAAAGGGUGGAUGAGCUAAUAAGUCAUCAUAGAUGGAACAGGAAUAUCAUUUUCAGAAAUUUCAACAGAAAUGAUGCGAAAAAAAUUCUAGCUAUCCCUUUGAGCCCAUCAGAGAGGGAGGACAGCUAUUAUUGGCAACCAAAGGCGGGAGGGCUAUACACGAUUAACUCAGGAUACAAAUUUCUGAUGAAGCAAAACAGAAAAGGAAAAAGGUGUAAUCCUGAGGGAACUAGCUCUAGUUAUGUAGAAGGAAGUCCACAAGUAGUACAGAUGUGGAACACACUGUGGAGGCUCAACAUUAAGCACAAGAUCAAAUUUUUCAUCUGGAAAUGCAUUCAAGGAGCUUUGCCAGUGAGGGAAGCAGUGAGUAGACGAACGGGGAUGGGUGAUCCUAUAUGCACAACAUGUGGAACAGCACAGGAAACAGUUGAACACCUCCUGCUGACUUGUCCUCAUGCAGUGAACAUAUGGAAGGCAGCUCCUAUUCAGUGGGAUGGAGCUAAGGAUCAGCUGGGAGAUUUCAAACGUUGGUAG